UAUCUAAAAAUCUUUUGUUCGCUCUAAGAAAACCUGUAAACUACUUUUAUUUCGUUCAUUUUCUUUUUUUUUUGUUUCUUUUUCGCAUCUCUCGACUCUAAACACUUUCUACGUAAUACUACAUAAAGUGCUAUACUUUCUUUGAGUUUUAAAUAAUAUAUUUUUUAAAAGAUAGAAACGUAUACAUAAAUAUUUUGUACGAAUCGAUAUUGGGCGAUUAUUUUCGUGGUAAAAAAAGCUCGAGACAGAAAGGAUAUCAGCAUUCACCCGGACGUAAUGCUUCGAGUUGUCCGUUCUUCAAAUUUUUGGAAUCAUCUCAAGGAAUUAUACGUUCAAAGAGAUACGUUUGCGUCGCAAACAGUCGAGAAAAGCGUAUUACUAUAUCCAACGGCUGUACCAAGAGGCGCCUGUCGUCCGUGCAAAGAUGUUGUUCUUCCAAUAAAUCGGUCGACUUUAGGAGCUUCUCGUCGUCGUCUUUCCGACGACGAAAAAAGGAGGCGCCCGACGAAAGAGCGCGCGAGUAUAAUAAAUUCAAUAAAUUAAGUCGCUCGAGAUAGAGCGAACGAAUGAAAGAGAAAGAGAGGGAGGGAGAGAUAGAGAGAGGCAGAAAGAAAUCGAUAAAGAGGAAAAUGAAAAGAAGACGCGUAGAAAGUCUUCUUCAAAAUGAAGAAUGAUCGUAUCUUUUCUAUUAUAUAUAUAUAUAUAUAUAUAUAUAUAUAUAUAUAUAUAUCUAAAGCUUAAAUUAAAAUAGAUUUAAAAAAGAAAUUCGCCGAGAGUGAUGCGAUUAUUUUCAAAAUUGUCAUCGCAUCGAUAUAAAAAUUUUGGAAGGAGAAAGAUUUCGUAUUUAACGCAAGUACCUGUAUGAAUAAAUUAAUAAUGAGACUACGUUUUAAUUACGAAUAAGGAAAAUCAAAUAAAUUGACUAAUUUGUUACUUAUUUCAUUCGAAAUAUAUACUUUAUCGACGUCAAUAAUAACAUCUUAUUAUAAUAUUGUGAAUAGAAACAACGUUUUUUUUUUUCAGGAAAAAAUAACUGUUGCUUAGAACAAUUUUUUAUAAAAAUAUCGAUAUGCCACUUGCUGUAUUCGAGAGAGAGAGAGAGAGAGAGAAAGAAAGAAAAAAAGCAGUAGGAAGGUGAUGGCACACGACCCGAGUCAUCGAGGUGUCGUCGCCUUUCUCUAAGAAAGAGAAGGAAAUAUCUUCUUUUUAUUCUAUCUUCUUCUUUUUUAUCUUUUUCUUUUUCUUUUUCUUCUUCUUGUUCUUCUUCUUCGUUGACGUCUUCCUCAUCUUUCUUCACGGUUUCCUCCUCUUCUAGUGGGAGGUACUAAAAUUAGAGAAGACGGUGCGAAGAACGGUCCAGUCUUGUAGCUUCUUUCGAACACUUCCAAAUGGUCCUUCGUAGCGAUAACACGUUUUCGCGUGCAUCUCGCCGCCCCGUCAUGAGUCGCCGAAGAGAACACCGACGUACCUUGACUCGAUUCUCAAACGGACGAUAAUUGCGAGCAAUCGAUUUUUAACGAUCGAUGAAAGUUCUAUAAAAUUUCUAAGGUGGAUUCGUUUCGACCACCCUUUCGAAAUGUCUCGAGUAUCGAUCCAUGGAAGAUUUAUAGUUAUUAUCGUUGUCGUCUGUAUUAUCAAUCUUACGAGAGUCGAGGGUAGGAAGUGCGUGUGCACGAGCAAAGAUUGUAAAGAAGCUGGGGAAGACACCUGCGAGACAAAAUACUUCUGUUACACCGAACUGAUUCUCUUCACUGAUCAGGAGUUUGGUGAAAAUACGACAACGCGAGGAUGCACGCAGAGCCCGACGCCAUUGUUGUGCGAGACAAAGUCUUGGGUCACGAGGUCAAAGCUAUCGACGUUGUCAUCGUCGUCGUCGUCGUCGUCGUCUCUUCACGACGACGAGGAAGACGAAAUCGUUGAAAAUCGUCGUGUCUCGUCGACGAGACCUUGGAUACGAAUGCCCUGGCCAAGAUUAAAGUGUUGCGACAGUCAAGAUUAUUGUAACGCUGAUCAUCUCGGCGACUUGUCCACAUGGACUCCUGAAAGAGAAAAAGAAGAGGGGAAGAAGAGAAAGAAGAUCGAGGAAAAAGAAGAACAAGUGGAAAAGGAAGACAAAUUUUCGAUCGAAAGGAUGAACCAAGAUAAUGAUUCAACGUCUAACGCAGAAAUAGAUCAAAACAACGAUUUCCAAUCGAUCAAUAGAUUUAACCAAAAUAACAAUCUGAUAUCGCUAGACUCGAAUAGGUCGUUCACGAAUUCUUCAAGCAGCAGUCGAGAUCAAAUUAUUUCGAUCACUUCGGACUCGAUAUCAACGAUCGACGAAGAUCUUAAUUUGGAUCAACUUUUGCAACAUCGGGUAAGGCCGCUCCACGUCGCUGCUUUUGUACUUGCGAUAGCUGCAUUGAUAUCCGUCCUGGCUGCCUGCUACGUCAUUACGAGAGCUUUAUCUUCUCUACGUCGUACGAGUAGGAAGGAUAAGAAAAAUGCUUUGCUAAAGGAAACACGUCGGAGGAAUAUUUUGCGAAUAUACAACUCGAGUUGCCGAUAAUCUUGGAAUAUAAUAAAUGUUAAGGUUCUUGAAGAGCAAUCCGUACGUGAUUGGCAGCGUGGAAUAACAAUGUGAUAAAUCAAUGAAUAUGGAUAUUCUUCUUAAUUAGUGCUUUAAUGAAACUAGUUAAUUAAAUUUUUUUUUUUUUAAUUUCGAAUAUGUGCCGUAAAAUAUUUAGCAGAUAUAUUUUAGCUAUAAUUUAUUAGCACGUAUAUAAAUCCAAUUUUACGAUUUACGUCAUUGUCUAACGUAAAAAUAAAAGUGAUUUCUUAUCUUUUAUUUAGGAUGACGAAUCAAGAAGCUUCGUCCUAUUUGAAAAAUUUGUCUUCAGCGUGGGUCGUUGGGGCAUAACACAUGGAUGGCUACGAGACAAAGAAUAUUUCGUGAAGCACUCGACAGAGACAGUUUCCUGGCAAACACAACGACUCGUUUGGCGCCUAUGUAACGUCCCUAUGUGCAUCAUGACGCAGCCAUGUGGAGACCAACGUCCUUCGAAAUUCCAUCUACUUAGAAAACGGGGACUAAAGGUUUUACCAACAUCGGUACCAGGUGUUCCAACGAUUUUAACAUUAUUAGUCAUCGGUAGGGUCGCUUUCCUAACACUCCAAAAGGUUAUAAAUGCUCGAAAGAAAGGGAAAGGUACACUCGUUGAACGUAGAAAUCGUUUUCGUAUGAUUAUGGGGACUAUUUCGAACGUCUCUUGUUGGACACGAUUGUCACACAUCGAAGUGUGUUUUCCAACUAUUACAAAAGCGUUAUAGCUUUUCUUUCUCUGUAUAAAUAGCGUGUAAAUAACUGCGACUGUACAUACACGUUUAUAUUAUAUCUUAUGGUCGAUGGGA